AGGCUACGCCCCACAUUUAUUCCCCGUCACGUCUCCAUCAAGUUACCACUUGCCAGACUAUACAUUUUGUCUUUCAUUGCUAUUUAGGUUACCAUGCACGAUAAUAAAUAAUCGCAAUUUCUAUUUGUGACAGUUAGCACAGAACGUCAGUAGUUUUGUCAUUAUUUAACGUGAACGCGACAGUCAUAUUGUUCCAGCUAAAAAGUAUCUAAUUUUAAAAUGCGCUUCGGUUUUUGGGCAUAUUUUUUAUUAAUUAUUUUAGUGUCUCUGGUUGGCUCGGAAGAUUAUGGCCAAUCAAAAAAUCCAAAUCCAGCAAAACAUUGUAAUAACUAUGUAGUAGUGGUGGCGGCAAUUCCUGCAGGAAGUGAACAAAAACCGACACCCGUUGCAACAGCCACAUUAAUUUCGGACCGUAUUGGUUUAGGAGACUUAGGAGCGACUGCCCAGGCUGCAUCUAGACUUUUUGAUCCUAUGAUGCCAUAUAGGCCACGACGGAAAACGAUUGUAAUUCCACCAUACGUUCCUCCACAAGAAUAUCAUCAUGUACAUGAAGAGUCACACGUUACCUCAUCUUAUACCCAAGUUAACGAAACUUACAUCACUAUCACCACUUACAAUACUAAUAUCACCAAUUAUCAUCUCAAUGAAACCUUUAACAAUAUUAGCAAUGUUCAAAUAAAUGAAAAUAUUAUUACUAAAAACAUUUCCAUUGAUACUAUUAACUUGAUUGAUUACGACAUCAAUGAUAUCAAGAGUUUUUUCCAAGGAAUUCUUGGACGUCGAGCACAUAAUCACAAAGGGAAAAAUAUAAUUGUGUUUAGGCUACAAAAAAGCGUUUUUUCUAUCAUGCCAUACAUAAAAUUGGUGACAUUGCCUGUGCCCAAAAACCUUCGCCGUUCUAUACGAUUUCCACUGAAUUGGCCACGGUCACAGAACAAGCCAGGAGGAAUCCCGAAAUGCGGAAGCUUCGCUACUUACGGUUUUGGAAAAUCAUCAAAGCAGAAUGUUUUAUUUACAGAUCGCAAAGGAACACCACUGGAAUUACAAUGUUUCGUCGAUUCUCAAGGAAAUGCGAAGGAUUUUUCCAAUUGUGCCGCGCCACAGACUGGGCCGAUCAUGUGCGGGGAAGUUCAAGUGGGUAUACUGGUUGACGGAAAUGAGUGUCACGGGUUUGGAAGGCAGGGAGGUCGAAAAGCAGUUGAUUUUGUUCCAAUUGAAACCAUUUUUAACUUUGUUGUGGAUUUCAUGGAAGGCGAGGAAGCUGGUACAACUCCUAAAUUACCGAUAGGUAUUGAGCGUUCGACAAAUACCGGAGUCUAUAUACAAUUUAAUCCCAAUGUACUUUUGAUUUUGGCAAUUAUUAUUGUAUUGUGAUUAAAAAAAAAACCUAAUAUGCA